AUGCGUGAGAUUGUUCACCUUCAGACCGGUCAGUGCGGUAACCAAAUCGGUGCCGCUUUCUGGCAGACCAUCUCUGGUGAGCAUGGCCUGGACAGCAAUGGCGUCUAUAACGGCACCUCUGAGCUCCAGCUGGAGCGUAUGAGCGUCUAUUUCAACGAGGCUUCUGGUAACAAGUAUGUCCCUCGCGCUGUUCUGGUCGAUCUUGAGCCCGGUACCAUGGACGCCGUCCGUGCCGGUCCAUUCGGCCAGCUUUUCCGUCCUGACAACUUCGUCUUCGGCCAGUCUGGUGCUGGCAACAACUGGGCCAAGGGUCACUACACUGAAGGUGCUGAGCUUGUCGACAACGUCCUUGAUGUUGUACGUCGCGAGGCUGAAGGAUGCGACUGCCUCCAGGGUUUCCAGAUCACCCACUCUCUUGGCGGUGGUACCGGUGCCGGUAUGGGUACCCUGUUGAUCUCCAAGAUCCGUGAGGAGUUCCCCGACCGAAUGAUGGCCACUUUCUCCGUCGUUCCCUCUCCCAAGGUUUCCGACACCGUUGUUGAGCCCUACAACGCCACCCUCUCCGUUCAUCAGCUGGUCGAAAACUCAGACGAGACCUUUUGCAUUGACAAUGAGGCUCUGUACGACAUCUGCAUGCGCACUCUCAAGCUGUCCAACCCUUCGUACGGUGAUCUGAACUAUCUCGUCUCCGCCGUCAUGUCCGGUGUCACUACGUGCUUGCGAUUCCCAGGUCAGCUGAACUCUGAUCUGCGUAAGCUGGCCGUCAACAUGGUCCCCUUCCCUCGUCUGCACUUCUUCAUGGUCGGCUUUGCCCCCCUGACCAGUCGUGGUGCUCAUUCUUUCCGCGCUGUCAGCGUUCCUGAGCUCACCCAACAGAUGUUCGACCCCAAAAACAUGAUGGCAGCUUCUGACUUCCGAAACGGUCGCUACCUGACCUGCUCUGCUAUUUUCCGUGGCAAGGUCUCUAUGAAGGAGGUCGAGGAUCAGAUGCGUAACGUGCAGAACAAGAACUCCACCUACUUUGUCGAAUGGAUUCCCAACAAUAUUCAGACCGCUCUCUGCGCCAUUCCUCCCCGUGGCCUGAAGAUGUCUUCUACCUUCAUCGGCAACUCUACUUCCAUCCAGGAGCUCUUCAAGCGUGUUGGCGAGCAGUUCACUGCUAUGUUCCGUCGCAAGGCUUUCUUGCAUUGGUACACUGGUGAGGGUAUGGACGAGAUGGAGUUCACUGAGGCCGAGUCCAAUAUGAACGAUCUGGUCUCUGAAUACCAGCAGUAUCAGGAAGCUGGUGUUGAUGAUGAGCAGGAACAAGAGUACGACGAAGAGGCUCCAGUUGACGAGCCUUUAGAGUUUGUCCCUGCCAAGGGCAAGGCAUUUGGUCAUGCGCUGCGCAUGAAUGCGCCGGAAGCGCUAAUGGAAUUCCUGGUGCCAGCAUGGCAGACGUCUGCGCAACGGCAAUUCUCGACCACGACGAAGCGACCCUCGAAGCUUGGGCGAACGCCAAUUUCUAUCCCUCCUGGCGUGGAACUGUCGGUGAGCGAUCUCAAGUCGUCCAAGGUCGCGACAUCAUACAAGCCUUCCAUUAAGAAGACCAUCACAGUGAAGGGGCCGUUAGGAUCACUGGAGCUCGACGUCCCUGAAUUCGUGAUACUGCAGCAGGACCCGGAGAACAAGACGGCCUUGUUGAGCGUCGAGAAUGCCGACGUCAAGCAUCAAAAGGAGAUGUGGGGCACGUCGUGGUCCUACCUGAGCAACUACGUGAUGGGGGUGUCGGAGGGCCACACGGCCAUCCUGCGCCUGGUGGGCGUCGGGUACCGAGCGAGCGUCGAGCGCCGCGGCGCCAAGGAGCAGUAUCCGGGGCAGAAGUUUCUCUGCCUGAAGCUGGGCUUCACGCACCCUGUCGAGGAGGGCAUUCCGCAGGGCGUCACGGUGACGACGCCCUCGCCGACGAGGAUCCUGCUGGAGGGCACGGACCGCGAGGUCGUCAUGUCGUUUGCGGGGAGGGUGAGGCAGUGGCGACCGCCGGAGCCGUACAAGGGCAAGGGGGUGUUUAUCAAUGAUCAGACGAUCAAGUUGAAGCAGAAGAAGAUCAAGUAG